CCUAGCAGUCACGCCAUUUCUCGCUUUCUGUAGCGUAGGCGCUUUUAUAGCACUGCCAGGCUUUUUGGUAGGCAGAAUUCCGUCAAUUCUGUUCCUACGCGUGAACCUUCAUCAGGUCCACGCUCAUAUGGUAGCAAGAGUCGUGUUUCUCCAGGAUAAUCUGAGAGUUUUCCCGUCCAAUUGACGAGGUGAGGAAGAAGUUUCCGCGAGAAAGGGCUCGCGUACGGUUUGGUGGCGAAGGGAGCGUUUGGAUCUCGACAGCAGAUCAGCACCAGUGUGUCUCUACUGAGUAGAGCACGCUGUACUGUUCUGACGCGAUCAAAGCUACUGAAGUAGCUUUGAUUGGAGGGGCACAAGCGCCGAGAAAGAUCGCCGCAAGAGGCAGAAGCCCGAAGGGGGGCACGAGUGGGCAAGCCACUUUUGGCUGUCGGGUGUGGAGUUUUCAGGUGCGUCUCUACUGAGUAGAGCGCACACACAUUAUACGCGCUCCCCCAAAAAGGAGGUCGAGCGCCCCUGUCGUUGCUAACGUCAAGGCACGACAGAAGACCCGCAGCCAGCAAGUCUUUUGGUCGACGCACCGCUGCGUCCUGCUGAAACGAAGCAGAAGGGGUUAGCGGCUGGCCCAGGAGAAGUCAGCUUAAUCGCUGGAGGAUCGCUGGAGGACGUGGAAACGCGCGGAGGAUUCCUAUCCGGAUUCUGGAAUCCAAAAGGCACGAAGACACGAACCACGGAGUCCGCGAUGCUGUUCUGCGGCCGUAAACACAGUGUGAGCGCAUGGAACGCCGUGGACGUCCGCAUGAAGUCGAAAAAACUCAAGCACGGCCAUGUAAUCAACGUGGCGGAAGGCGGCCUGAUCAUUGAUUUUGGAUGCGAGAACCAGCGUGCCAAGUUCAUUAAAUUCGGGCGCAUUUUCCAUUGCUUCUACAACCACUUUUCUCGAGCCACACGUGACGCGCAAGUCCUGUUGCGCUCUCCGACCACGGGCGCCUGGAUCUGGUACCCAGGCCAGGUGAUCGAUCUGGGCGAGUACCGCCCGGGCUAUGCGCAGUUGGUGGAAGUGCAGCUGCCGGACCGCACUGUCCGCGAGCUCUUCCCCAUGGAGCAGGUACGCCAACCGCCCACGGUCCGGUAUCUACGGGGGGAGCUCAAGGUGUGGGAGGGCCAUUUUAUUAUCCAUUCCCGUAAGCUGCCCGGCGUCGGCUGGGCGUGGGAAUCGCACUGGCUCAAAGAGGUCUUCAAGCGCGAACUGAGAGAACGGCUUGGUGUGUUGUGCACGUCGCUGCUCGGCUCAACGGUGCAGUACCUGCACGCCGACGGUUGGUACUUUAAACCAGUGAAAAUGAUGAAAAUGAAAGACGUACUGCUGGGCGAAGAAUGA